AUACCUACAAAGUGAAAAUAAAAUAACCUAAUUUUAUCUAAAGAAAAGUAAAAUUGAAGGAGUAAACUAGUUUUGUUUAUUUUCACCAUUUCCUUUGAACUAAGGAAUGAUAUAUUUUUUUUUAUUUGCUAUUUUAUCGGUGCGUACAGAAGACGCGUCGAAAUAAAAACACAGAAUAAUGUAUGGCUGUAACCGGACCACACAUUUUUGUUCGAAAAGCCAAUGACAAAGCUCAACUUCAUUUUUUUUUUUUUUUUGGAUUAUAUAUAUCGAAGAAGUGAACUUUCACGAACAAAUCAGCAAUAUAUUUCAGACAAUUCCAAAAGAUAGCAGUUCAAUUCAAAAGUCGCUUCAUGUUCUUCCUUUGAAUCUCCUUGGUUACCUUCUCUUCUUCUUCUUCUUCUUCUUCUUCUUCUUCUUCUUCUUCUUCUUCUGCUUCCUAACUCUCCCUCCUUCUUGAGCCUAGCUCCAAGAGAAUCACGGAGCAAUUUGGAGCACCAAAGUUGCGCCAGUUUGAAGAAGAAGAGGCUGGCUAGCUUCAACACAAACUCAACUAUAGGCAAGGGUUCUGCUAGCUUGUUGCAUGUAAGUCCUCACUUGAACUACUCUUUAUCCUACGCUGAAGGAAUUUAGCUAGCUAGGCCUUGUUUCAGUUUCUGGCAUGAUAUGAUAAUUCCCCAUUUCCGUUCCUCUAUCUACUCCCAAUAUCUGCUUUCCUUGACAAUUAAUUCCCCCCCUUUGUAUCAAUAGUUGUCUCACUCAAAGACAGUUAAAUUGCACUCCCGUUUGAAGCACUUUCCAGACUUGAAUCGGCUGGGGAUGGAAAUUUGUGUUCAAUCUAUCUCCUUAACCCUAGAUGCAUAUAUAGAGUUGAGUCUCAAUCUCCUUAGCCCUAGAUGCAUAUAUACGUACUUGCUGUGGUAAUUAUUCAUGCUCACAUAGAUCGAUCCCUAGCUUAAUUAGCUUGGUGGCUCACUUUUGGUAAAGUUGUAUUUAUAAUCAUACAUGUAAUAUAAAUAAAUUCUUGAGCUAGCUAAGUUGCGGUGUCGGUUAGCAUAGAAUAUAUAGUACGAGUCAUAUAUACGCAUACGAGAAAGGAAUUCAACAACAAUAGAAUUCAAACACGAGAUUGUAAGAAAAGCAAGCAGCUGAUGAUCGUAAUUUGGCAGUGUGGAGUUAAGAAGAUGUAUAACUAAUGUCAGCGAGUAGUUGAGAAGACAGAGAGGGCUGAGGAAGUAUGAUAGCAAGGGGCAGCGGAAGAGAGAAGUCGGUUGCGCAAGUAGAAGCCAAGCAAGAAGAUGCAGCAGCAGCAGCUGUAGCAGCAGGCAACAACACUAAUAGCAGCAGCAAUAUUGCAGCUCCCCAAACAGCAACUGCGAGCAGCAGAUGGUCGGCCUUCAGGAACCCGAGGAUAGUGAGGGUGUGUCGGUCGUUCGGAGGGAAAGACAGGCACAGCAAAGUGUGCACCGUGAGAGGGCUGAGAGACCGCAGAAUCCGGCUCUCCGUCCCCACCGCCAUCCAGCUCUACGACCUCCAGGACCGCCUCGGUGUCGGCCAGCCCAGCAAAGUCAUCGACUGGCUCAUCGACAACACCAAGGACGACAUCGACAACCUUCCCCCGCUCCAUUUCCCGCCUUCCUUCGCUCCUCACCACCCGCCGCUCUCCUACUACAACGGCCAGGCCGCCCCCAGCUUGUUCGAUUUCACCGCUGCUGCUACUACUCCAAACCACAACUAUUACAACUCCUUGAGGCAGUGGGAAGAAAACUCGUCCACCUCGUCAAUGAUGUCCUUGGGGCAGACCAGUAUUGGGAAUGAUGAUAUUGACGGUGGCGAGGACGAGGAUGACGACAACCACAACCACAACAACAACGAGGAUGGACGCCAAGCUGCUGCUGCUGCGGGUGGUGGUGGUGGGAUGUUCUUAAACCCGCGCUUCUACCAGUGGGUGGACUACAAUAAUAAUAAUAAUGCUCAUCAACAACAGCCAAUGCUGGGAUUAGGCAACAGCACCACCACCACCCAUAUGGCUUCGAGUAGUGGUAGUAAUGCGCUGCUGCAUCCUUCCUAUUUGGCGCUCUGCAACGAAGACACUAGUGCUACUGAUCAUGCUCGUCGUCAACCGUCGACGAUGAUGUCGUUAAUGCCGCCGCCGCCAUCCUACACGCCUUUGGAGAUGAUGGGUAGCCGUACUACUACUACUACUAGUCUUGGUGAUGAACAACAGCAGCAGCAGCAGCAGUUGAUGAACCGCUUCAACCUUAUGAGCUCCGCCACUUCAGCAAGGCCCUCGGCUCCUCCUUUUCCCUUCACUACUCACUUCCUCAAUCCCACUCCUGCCUUCUUUCAUCUACACAAUGACCAACCUCAUCGUCAUGACCAAGACCAACACAAUGACGGCACUUCCUAGUACACUACCACUGCCUUCUUAAUUAUUUCAUUUCAUCAUCAUAUAUAUAUACACGCAAGUAAGCUGUCUAUUAUACCUUGCCAGCUAGCUAUUCCGAGUGUUUGCAUUGCUCCACACUUUCAUAUAUACUUUUUAUAUGUGCAGGGAGAUAUAUAUAAGAACUAGAUAUGGUACUGUGGAUUUAUAUAUAUUAAUAUUUUUAUAGUUUACAAGUUAAUUUUGCUGCUUAAUCUGUAUAUUCGGUCAACAUUUUUCGUGCGAAUUGUUUUUUACUUCCUUGAGAUUAAUCACCUUUUAUGUUCCAAAUUUUCAAGACCAAUGUUUGCCAUUUCUUUGAGAGGAUGGAAAGGGAAGUCAUGAAACCAAUCUCAUGACUAAUAUAAUUAUUGGAUGACA